AUGACGCGGGCUGAUGAGGACGAGUUGAUAUCGCGCAUGCUGGACUCGACCGUAAAACAGCUGAUAGAAAAGACUUGUCCGCAGUGUCCCAGGUUUAGGAGAAACUGGAAACCGACGGAAUUUCUGGAUACGUACAAUUUCCGGCGGAGUUGGGCUCGAGACGUAGUGCAUAUGCUUGAUUGGGCUAAUCAUUUCCCAGCAUUCAAAAAACUUUCCGCGGAAGAUAAGGAGAAGGUCUUUAUUGGAAGAUUCACUCAGUUUUCUCUAUUCACGAAGUGCUAUCGAACAUAUCGCGAGAGCUGCAGCGGUCUAUUGCUCGGCUGUGGGAAUGUGUUUCCAUACGAACGUGAUGCGAGGGUGAAAAUCGAAGACGAAUAGUA